CGUAGUUUCUCUCUUUUCGUAGUCUCACAGCUUUACCGGAGAAAAAGAGUUUCUGAUCCCACGAUUACUCCAAGUCCUCGUAUGAUUUAUACCUUAGCAUUCGCUUCUCAACCACUCAGCGUGAGUCCAGAUGUGUGCCACCUUGCAAUAGCUAAUCGUUCUUUACAGGGCUUAUUUUAAGAGUUCGUGGCCAGUGGCUACGAGGUGGUUUCUUAGGGUCCGAGAAAUCCCACCUUUCUAACAUAUUUUCAUACAUCGCAUGUUUUACUUCUCCUCUGGAAUGGAUUGCAUGGCCUGCUAACCUACUAGGCAUCCUGCGUUUCCCAACAAUCUAACCACCAAUUCCAGCAUUCAGUCGUCAUAUUCGAUGGCGCGCGGGUAUUUGAUACAAGUUAACGCCGGAUAGUGUAAAGAUAUCGGGAAUUCGACGAUGUUGAUACUAUCUUCGGUAUCGCAGCGGCCGCCCGGGGGCGUGGCCUGUUCUUUUCACUCCCUUCCGAAUCCACCCUUGGACGAGCGUGUGUUGCAUUUUGGGAACUGGACAAAGCUGAUACUAAUCACGGUAUGAUAGCCGCUGACCUCAGGCCCGGCCGUCCUCUUUCACUUCGUUCCGAGCCUAAUCCUUGGAUGAAACUCUAUUGUCUAUUUGCUGCCACGCGUGUGACGGUGUGGGCUCUUCUGGUGAGCAGACGGGCAGAUAUCAUCUCUGGCUGGUUGCGACCACAAUCCGCAUCUUAGCUGCAUACCCUUGGUUGUACGGGUUGUGAAAGGAAAUAAAAUGAGGAAGAAGGCUAAGCCUUGGGGAGAGGGUUGAGUUCAGGUCGGUCCACUCUGGCGCUUACGGUCACGAGGGGUACAUCAGCUAUUUGACCUCUGCUUUCCUUAGCAUAAGUUUUAUCAUUUCCAUUGUCAUGAUAAUCAUGACCACCGACUAGAACGGCAUCUAACUCCAAACUAGAAUAAGGUCAAAUGAGGACUGUAGAGAUUUUGACGUUGCUUUAUGACUCUUUCGAAGAAGUUAUGUGGUGUUGAGGCUGAAGGUUAUGCAGGUCUCUCUUUCUGAUUCGAGGUGGGCGAAGAUGUCAGACCAGCGCCAAGGGUUGAAUUGUCUGUAUGGCACAUGAUUGCAACCCUUCUCCAUGGGAUCAGCCCAGUAGUCUUCUGUGUCUACAGGACCAAAGGCUUGGGUUUGACUGACGAGUGUGCGAUUGUCGAGGAUGAGGAUUUCGAGGGUGGUGAGAGAGAGCAUAUCCAGUUGACUUGCCAGUCGUGGGUGAAAGAAUGGUUGCCGAGCUCGAGCUCUUUGAGAUUGGGAGAAUGGAUGGAACGGAAGUCACAUUUGGUUAGAGCCAGAUAGAGGGCAGCUCGUCGAAAAAGUUGUAGAGUUCGGGGAAGUGCCGAGAGUUUUCUUGGGCGGAGUGUUCGUAUCCUUUAAUGAUCUUGAGGCGGAGCUCAGUGAUGCGCUGUAACACUGACCAGAAACUUGGUGAUGAGACGAUACUUUUCUCGUUGCAGUUCUGGAGGUUUUGGAGUGAGAGAGACCGUAGGUUGAUGACUGGUUGUUCGGGAUCGUACAACAUGUCGAAUAAUGCUGACAGUACCUGAUUUCGAAAUUUGACACCAUCUUCAUGCAUAUUUGUGUAGUUUUCGCUAGGUACCUCCACAGCGCAGGCUCCAGAGAAUUGGACCGCUGCACAACGAAGGUUGGGAAGCUGGUUGAUAAACAGGAGCGCCUGGUUAUAGUUUUGUGACAACGUGGAUGACUUUAAAUCACGACCCUCUCUCUCGAAAUUCUUGUUUUGAUUCAGAGAGGUGGUGAGCUUGAUAUUGUUAACUUCCUUCGCAAGGUUGGGAGAUGCCGGAACAGCCCAGAAGUUAUUGAUACCAUUUUCAAGAGGCGUCACGUGAACGUGAGAGAGCAGCUGUCGGGUGGUUGUUUUGCAGAAAGAGGUGCUCGUAAGGCGGAGAUUUUGAACGUAUGUCAUCGGCGUAUGAGACAUGAUUAUAUCCUUCAGCUCGAUGGAAAGGGUCUCCAUGGUGCGUGCCGAGCUGGGCUAGGUACCUAGGUAGGUAGGUACAACGAAAAUCUGGGGAUCCAGCGAGUGGCCAGACCAGUAUGAAGAUGAUGGAUGAAAUUUGAUGCAGCGACCAACAACUAAAAUAACGUACGUUAACAAACCAGUUCCACGGCAGCCCAUAGCAACAGCCUUUUAUUUCUUCCAACAUCUCAUCCUCGCAGCAGCUUUACACGUGAUCUGCCUGCCGCUCUCCGCACUUGGCACUACAUGGGGCUUCGAAUGCUUAAGCAUUUUCAACGUCGUUCAACUCUUGGAUCUCGUUUUGAGUUGUGUAGCGGUCCCUGGAAACCAACAAUACUGAAGCAUAACCAUAACACACAUCCUGUAGAAAAUGGAAAGAUCGCGGCUUUGCGAUAUCCCACGCCAAGCACUGUCGAGUCUCGACCCACCGCUGGAUGGCCACGGGCCCCCGACGUGGCUUUUGCAUACCUAGGUACGACUCCAACACCUCAUGCACGUAACACAAAGUCAUCACAACUCAAAGUGCUCAUGCUGUGUUGUCUCGACAACUGUCCUGCAUUGAUAGGACAGGCAGGACGGAGAAUUAAUGCACUGGCAUAUGGUUCGUGAACUCGGCAUCGACGAGAUGCGUUGUACUGCACAUCGCCAGCAUCCUGACUGCCCGAUACCACUUCUGCCGGAUCCUCGGGCAGCUGAGAAACUUUCUCACUCGCCAGCUGACUCGAGAAAAGAUGCUGGCGAUCACGAAAUCAUCAUUCAAUGAUCUUCGCCAGUGGGGCCCUUCGCUUGAAGGGUCCAUAGGGGAUGCACUGGUUGUGUAUAAAAGUCCGGAUUGGGUGGUCGUCAACACCCGACGAUGCAAAAUUUCGCGGAUAAACUGGCGGCCCGACCCAUCAACAACCACGCCUAACCUCCAUCGACGUUUCCCCCCACAACACCCUCACCGACUCUCUCUUCCGCGAAAUGAGAUUUUCCCUAAAAAGAAGACUUCAUCACACACAGGAUCUCACUUCAUUACGCACAACGCAUAAAAUUUGUGUUCUCUCUGCAUGAGGUGUGAACAGGCUAGGGUGGGUACUGCAACCAUAAGAACCUGCAGAUUUUUCCUUCUUUGUCCCCCUUCUCCUUCUUCCACCACAUAUUAAGACGCAUGUCUUCGCUAUUGACCCUCUUCUACAUCCUCCUAGCAUCAUCCCUCACCGUGAUGUCUUCCUCCUCCGUACUCUCACGCCUAAGGGCAAGACUCUCUAGCCAACCCCAGCUUCUGGAAGCUCCAAAGUCCAGUACUACCGAGCAGGCACAGGACCGAGAUGCUCUCCAGAAGUCGAUAUCAGAAGCUGUAGCUGCAGCCCUCAAUAACGAGGAGUUCACCAAAGCUGUUGCAAGCCACCUGGCUAUUCAACUUCAACCAUCCCUCAAGGCCGCAUUAGAUAUCUCUGCCGUCGAGUCGAAACUCCUGGCAUCUAAUGAGCAACUCUCCCAACGUAUCAACGACACAAACACACAGACCUCCUCCAAGAUCACCGAGCUGUCUUCCCUCGUCAAUGCAACCAACACCACAACCACCGAUAGACUCUCUGCACUGAAUGGAGCUGUCACAAAGAUCACCGACUCGCUGGUGGAGCUAGGAAGCAAUAUCAAGGUUGUCCAGGAACAAGUUGCAUCUCCGGAUACUACCCUGUUGGCCACACAAGGACAGAAGCUGGAUACCAUAUCAGUCGCAUUGGAGUCUCUACCUGCGCAACUGCAGAAGCUCGAUGCUAUCACCGCUGAGCUGGAUGUUAUCAAGGAGAAUGCCGAGAGUGUUGCAUCAUUGAAGGCCAUCUCUACUGAACUUGCGUCAGUCAAGACUGAUAUUGAGGCUAGCACUAGCACUGGAUUCGCAGGAUUGAACACCCAAGUUGGAACUGUCAUCGCCGCCAUCGAAUCUCAAAACUCUACCCUGUCAGAAAUCAAGGCUGCCGACUCUACUCCUGCCGUCGCUGCACUGGAAUCUCAAAUCGUCGCUCUAUCAUCUGCAGUUUCUGAGCUCAAGAACUCUGACGCUACCCCAGAAAUCCUCGCCGCUGUCAAGUCUUCAAACGAGUCACAUGCUUCCCACGCCAAGGCAUUGGCAGACAUCCCAACUUCCAUCAGCGAGAUCAAGACCGUUGUUUCCACCCCAGCUGCUCUUCCAGAAAAGGUUGACCUUUCAUCUUUGGAGACCUCGAUCCAGAGCCUUGCCGCUACUGUUUCUGAGAUCAAGACUGCUGUUGAGACCCCUGCACCCGCCGCUGAAAAGACGGACCUCACUCCACUUCAAGCUUCUGUAGACAAGCUCGUCUCGACUCUUGAUGGACACACUGGCACUCUGGGCGAAAUCAAGUCUGUUGUUGCUGUUCCUGCUCCAGUAUCCGAGAAGGCCGAUCUCUCUGGACUUGAGUCUUCAGUUGAGAAGCUUUCUGCCAGUCUUGCUGAGAUUAAGGCCGCAGUGGAGAAGGAAUCUCCAGCAGCUGAGAAGGUCGACCUUUCACCAUUGACCUCUACCCUUGACGCACAUACCACUCACUUGUCAGAGAUCAAGUCCGUGAUUUCCGCGCCACCUGCUGCUGCUGAGAAGACCGACUUAUCUGCUUUGGAGGCCUCUGUCGAGAAGUUGUCAGCUUCUCUCGCUGAAAUCAAGGCUGUCGUCGAGAAGGAGGCUCCAGCUGCAGAGAAGGUCGACUUCUCUCCUCUAGUCUCCACUCUGGAUACCCACACUGCUCACUUGACUGAGAUUAAGGGUCUUGUCGCUACACCCGCCGUAGCUCCAGUCGUUGAGAAGACAGAUCUUUCUUCGCUCGAGUCAUCAGUGGAGAAGCUGUCCGCAACCCUCGAGUCUCACACAGGCCACCUCACCGAUAUCAAGAGUGCGGUUGCUGUCCCAGCUCCAACUAGUGAGAAGGUUGAUUUGUCUGGCGUCGAGAGCUCGAUCCAGAAGCUCCAAGCCCUUGUCGAGGCUUUGCCAACCAGUACCAAGAACGACGAGAUUCUUUCUUCCGUUACUUCCAUCAAGGCAGCGGUCGACGGUAUCCCAGCUCCUGUUGCCGGACAAGUUGUCAAGGAUGACGAGAUCCUGUCAUCGGUCGCUGCUGUCAAGGCUUUGAUUGAAGGUCUUCCAGCUCCAUCUGCUCCUGUUGCGGGCAAGGACGAGGAAAUUCUCGCCGCGGUUGCAUCUGUUCAGGAUGCUAUCAAAGCUCUUCCAGCACCAGUUGCUCAAACUCCAGGAAAGGAUGAUGAGAUCCUCACUUCCAUUGCAUCCGUCGAGUCGCUCGUCAAGGCCCUCCCUGCACCAAUCGCUCCAAAGGAUAUCAAGGACGACGAGAUUCUGGCAUCCAUCGCCUCUGUCUCCACCCUCGUCAAAGCCAUCCCUACCACUUCACCAGCCGACAAGUCUAAGGAAAUCAUUACCGAGAUCAAGUCCGUCAAGUCCGUUGCAGAGGAGACCAAGAAGGAAGCUGCUGCACUCACCACUAUUAUUAGUUCUGGUCUUGAUAAGGAGAUUUUGAGCGAGGUGAAGAUUGUCAAGGGCUUGGUGGAGAAGCAGAAGACUGCUGGUGUGAGCGUGGCAGAGGUUGGCAGUAACGAUAAGGGUGUGCUAGUGAAGGAGAGUGCGAACGGCAAUGGAGUAAAGGUUGAUGCCGUGGAGAUUGAGCCGGAGGCCUAGAUUUCUUCGUAUCAACCUCGAUUGCUUACGAAGUGAACUGGACUUCAAUUAUCAGGGGAGGAACUGUACCAUGAUGGUGGUGGAUGUAAUGGACUUGAACUUGAGCUAGGAAUGAUUCGAGAAGCGCUUGCUACGUUGUGCAUGGGGAUGAGGUAAGGGGAGAGAGGAAGAUUGUAUUGUUUGUAUUUUUCAGCGUACUUGCUUACUUUGCCUGUUUUGUUCUAUACCCUUUGCUUCGAGGCCAGCCCGCUCGCUGGCUUGGUCGAGAGCUAUGCUUAGAUAGAAGGUCUUCUGCUUCUCUCUUCUCUUGAAGAUGAGGGAGGAAUGGAAUUUAAAAUGUCAUUCGUUGAUUACUCUAACUUGUUGGAAGGAGUCAGAUUUGUGAUGUGAAUGGUGACGGUGUCACGUGCUACGGGCAAGUAAGGUAUCGUCACUCCAUGCAUACCUUAAAGGAAAAGGCAGGUUCCGACCCACUGUAGGAGGGGCACUUUCCUAGAAUAAUAAUCAAAUCACUGUUACAAAAUUCUGGUAACUGCCAAUUGACAGUCAAUUGAUAGUGAUAAGAAAUUCUUAGUAGUUAAGAGGUCGUUAUUUCAGGAAAG